CUCAUCAAGAUGGCGGUAGCCUCACAGAGGCAACAGGAUGUGGUGGUUCUUCUCUCACGGACUUUCGUUCAGCUGGGAGCUGAGGACGGUUGCCUCCCCGCUUACGGACACGGGUUCACUGAGGAAGGGGCGCGGCCGCCGCUCUGGUAGCCGACACGGAACAGGCGUGGGGCAGACGACCUGUCGGAACGAACCAACUGCGGCAAAAUGGCGUUCCUGUACAUUUGAACCAAUCAGCGCCGACAGUGUCCAGAGACGGAAGGCAAAGACCUCACCAAGAUGGCGCUGCCGCCCGACAAAUAGGCCUCGCCCCUUUGGCCAAACGUGCGUCCGCUGUCAUUGGCUGCCGUCCGGGUCAAAGGGGCAGUGACGAGGCCGCCAUUGGUCGUCGCGACGAGGCGGGAAGUAAAAUGGCGGAGGAGAUGCGGGAGUUUGUGUCGGAGCUGCUGAGCGGCGGCCUGAGUGACCUGACACACACCGUUGUGCAGCAGAAGUAUCUGAAGCACCUCCAGAAGGAGAGCCUGAGCAGCCAGGAGAAGGCAGAGUUGAAAGAGGUGGUGGAGAGAGCUCUGCUCGAAUACCCGAGCAGUGACUCAAGUGAUGAUGAGCCCCUCAGCAGGAAGGCAGAGACCCUGAAGAACAAGAAGCAACAGGAGCUCUCUCGGAAACGCCAGCGACAAGAGAGAGGUGGAAGUGGCAGUGAGAGCCCCCCUCCCCGAGGGGCAGCCCCUCAGAGGAAGAAGGGACGAAUCGCCUCCACUGAGUCAGACAUCGGUUCUGAGUCUCCCUCACGGGAUGAGUCAGGUGAUGAGCUGCGAUGCAGGAGAGUUGGAGGAGCUGAACCAGCCUCUGAGACUGACCGGAAGCCAGGAGUUCUCCCAGGGCAGGGCAAAGGUGCCGGAGAGGCGGUGGAGGGAAGAGACGGAGAGGAAUCUGCAAUGAAAUCGGGGCAGGAAUUAUCAGAGUGCCUGGCGAGGUGUUCCCACGUGGACAGUCCCCGGAAGGAGGGCGACCGAGGUCCUGACUCACAGUUGAGCGGAGAGGAGGAGGGACACAAACGAACUGGGAGAAAGUUCACCCAGGGCAGAAACUGGGCGGGUGAGGACAGUGAUACUGCCCGAGAGGCACUGAGGAAACCCAGUCCCCAGCAGAUCGAGGUGCUGUCUGAGGAGGAGGAAGGUGGUGAAGGCAGUGAGAGGGAGGAGGGGAAGGCGAGGAGUGAGAGGACACAUAAGAAGGGUGUGCAAAGGUCCCAGAGGAAGGGUGGGUCCAAACAGAAGAAGGUGUCAGAGGAGGACGAAGAGAGUGUAGGGAAGACGAAGAAGCAGACGGUCAAAGGGAAACAGAAACUGUCCCAGAGGAAGAGUGGAUCCAUACAGAAGAAGGAGGUGUCAGAGGAGGAUGAGGGCAGUGAAGAGGAGAGUGUAGGGAAAGUGAGGAAGGAGACGAUCAAAGGGAAACAGAAAGGGUUCCAGAGGAAGAGUGGAUCCAAACAGGAGAAGGAGGUAUCAGAGGAGGAUGAGGACAGUGAAGAGGAGAGUGUAGGGAAAAUGAGGAAGGAGACGAUCAAAGGGAAACAGAAAGGGUUCCAGAGGAAGAGUGGAUCCAAACAGGAGAAGGAGGUGUCAGAGGAUGAGGACAGUGAAGAGGAGAGUGUAGGGAAAAUGAGGAAGGAGACGAUCAAAGGGAAACAGAAAGGGUUCCAGAGGAAGAGUGGAUCCAAACAGGAGAAGGAGGUGUCAGAGGAGGAUGAGGACAGUGAAGAGGAGAGUGUAGGGAAAAUGAGGAAGGAGACGAUCAAAGGGAAACAGAAAGGGUUCCAGAGGAAGGGUGGAUCCAUACAGAAGAAGGAGGUGUCAGAAGAGGAUGAGGGCAGUGAAGAGGAGAGUGUAGGGAAAAUGAGGAAGGAGGCAGUCAAAGGGAAACAGAAAGGGUUCCAGAGGAAGAGUGGAUCCAAACAGAAGAAGGAGGUGUCAGAGGAGGAUGAGGAUAGUGAAGAGGAGAGUGUAGGGAAGAUGAGGAAGGAGACGGUCAAAGGGAAACAGAAAGGGUUCCAGAGGAAGAGUGGAUCCAUACAGAAGAAGGCGGUGUCAGAGGAGGAUGAGGAUAGUGAAGAGGAGAGUGUAGGGAAAAUGAGGAAGGAGACGGUCAAAGGGAAACAGAAACUGUCCCAGAGGAAGGGUGGAUCCAUACAGAAGAAGGAGGUGUCAGAGGAGGAUGAGGACAGUGAAGAGGAGAGUGUAGGGAAAAUGAGGAAGGAGACGGUCAAAGGGAAACAGAAACUGUCCCAGAGGAAGGGUGGAUCCAUACAGAAGAAGGAGGUGUCAGAGGAGGAUGAGGACAGUGAAGAGGAGAGUGUAGGGAAAAUGAGGAAGGAGACGGUCAAAGGGAAACAGAAAGGGUUCCAGAGGAAGAGUGGAUCCAAACAGGAGAAGGAGGUGUCAGAGGAGGAUGAGGACAGUGAAGAGGAGAGUGUAGGGAAGAUGAGGAAGGAGACGGUCAAAGGGAAACAGAAACUGUCCCAGACGAAGGGUGGAUCCAAACAGGAGAAGGAGGUGUCAGAGGAAGAUGAGGAUAGCGAAGGCAAUGAGGAGGAGAGAGUGCAGAAGACGAAGAAGCAGACUGGCAGAGAGAGGGAGAAGGGUGUGCAAGGGACCCAGAGAAACAACAGGUCCAAACAGAAGAAGGGAGCAGUGUCAGAGGAGGAGAGUGAGGAGGAAUCAGAGGUGAUUGAGAGUGAGGAAGAGUGGAGUAAGAAGCAUAUGAAGGAGAUCUCUAGAGUGAGGCAGAAGGGUGUGGAGGGAUCCCAGAGGAAGAGUGGGUCCAAACAGAAGGAGGACCUGUCAGAGGAUGUGGAUAGUGAGGACAGUAAGGAGGAAGAAGCAUUGAGAACAGUACCAAGGAACGGAAAGCCGCAGGGAAAGCUGGCAGGAGGGAGGGAGAGAAGGAAAGAGGGCCACAAGCAGAAAGCGAGGAGCAGGAAGGGUGAUGGCAGGAAGCAGGAGAGUGGUGAAGAAUCAGGAGAUUCUUGUGAGGAGCAAGGAACAAGAGGUAGAGAGACAGGGGAGGAUAAAGCGACAAGUGGAGGGAAUUCAUCAAGUGAGGGAGAGAUGGACAGGGGCAAGUCAGAGAGGUCACCACACAAAGAGGGAUCAAAGAGGAACAAGGGUCACUCUGGGGACGAGGGUUCCUCGGAUACAAGAUCCACAUCGGCCAGUGAAGUGGACAAAGAGACUGACGGGCAGAGUGGGUCUCCCUGGAGGAAGAAAGCACAGCAUAAGGAACACAGCAAGAAGCAGUCAGGCAGCAGGAAGGAUUCUGCGAAGGAAGAACACCCCACCAUCCGGCGGCUGAAGCGUUGUAUCCUCACCUGUGGGGUCCGCAGGAACUACAAGAAGCUCUUUGAAAACUGUCAUUCCAACAAGUCCAUGAUUAGGGUGCUUCGGCGGGAGCUGGAGGAGCUGGGGGUAGAAGGGAACCCCACCCUGGAGAAGUGUAAGGCUGUACGGCUCAGACGGGAGGAAGAAGCAGAACUGGCUUCGCUGGACGUCAGUAACAUCAUUGUGACUGAGGGCCGCCCUCGCCGUCACUGUGGUUCAGCCUGGGGUAGCAGGACCACCCCCGACCUAGAGGCUCAGACCUACCGACGCUCCUUGGGCUCUGAUUCCGAGGGGGAGGACGAACCUCCCCGGAAGCUGACAGCCUGGUCCAAUCUGAAGGGGCUCAUCAGCGAGGAGUCUGACAGCGACUGAGAGAGCUUCCGCUCUCUUCCCCCUUUCCCUCCUAUCCCUACCCUCAUUCUUCAUCCUAACCCUUUCCCUCCUUCUCCCUCCCACUAACCAUCUCUCCUUUCCCGUCCCUCUCACCCUCCACUCUGACGCCCCUUUUGUACAGCUUUUUACAAUUCUGUAAAUAAAUGACGUGGAUUCUGUGUUGAA